AUGCCGAAACGCAAACUUUCCGAUCUCCAGGAGGAGAGUGUUCCCCAGGCGGACCCCAGAGCGAAGUUGCAGCUCACACGGUUCGUGCAAAAGUUCGACUAUACCGCCGUUGCGUUGACGCGAGCGCUCAAGACCGCGCGAGGUUUCGAAAGGCAGAAGCUGGGCCGCAGGGAAAAGACUGCAAAAUCAGAGGGGAAUACGGAGAUGUUGGGGCGGUUGGAUGAGGAAGUGAAAGUGUUGAAGACUCUUGAGCUCCAAACGGUCGCCGAGAAACAUAUUUUCAAGCAGCUCGCCAAGACGAAACGGAUUGCAGAAACCCCUGUGUUUUUAACGUUCAAACAUCGCAGAAAUUACACUAUAGAAGCGCCGAAGAGCACGGCGGAGGCGAACGUGCUGGCACGGCUGUUCAAAUCGAAUCCGGUCCAGAAUGUUCUACCCGAAGCGAUGAAUGAGUUUAAGAAGAUCCUCGGGUUGGAUGAAGUGGCUGUCAAGCAGGAUAAGAGUGGUGGGAAGAAAUCCCAGGACGUGAAGGCUGUCAAGGCUACGAACCAUCCGCCGCCUGCAGUGGCAGAGUCUGAAGAGGACGAAGACGAGGACGAGGAAGAGGACGAAGAUGAUCAAUCUCCUGACAAGAUGGAUGAAGAUGACGAUUCCGAGAGCCUUGACUUUGCACAAUUCGACUCGCGCCUAGCCUCUGCGUCAGAAGACGAAGAGGAAACCGAUGGAUCACAAUCCGACUCGGACGGCAUCAAGGCGGUCUCACUGAAAGCGAAAGAUCAAGAUCCACGAGCAUACUAUGACCCCAACGACAUCUCCGAUUCAGUGUCGCGGUCGUCAUCGCCAGAUUUCUCAGACGCCCUAUCCUCCGACGAUGACGAGCCUGUACCCCCUCCCAAGAAGACGAAGAGCAACGACCCUUCCAAGGCGAAAGCCAAGUCAUCCUCCUCCUCCGCCGCCGCCGCCGCCGCCCCGGCAAAGGACACGACCUUCCUCCCGUCCCUGAUGAUGGGCGGCUACUUCUCCGGCUCUGAAUCAGAAGCCGACGGCGACAACGACGCCGCCGAGGCGCCCCGACGCAAGAACCGGAUGGGCCAGCAAGCCCGCCGCGCACUGUGGGAGAAGAAGUUCGGCACCCGCGCCAACCACCUCCAAGCGCCGAUCAAGAAAGGCAAUAAACAAUCCAAAGACUCGCGCGACAGCGGCUGGGAUGUUCGUAAGGGUGCUACCGAUAGUGCAGACUACGGCGCCAGAGGGAAAUGGGGAGCAGGAGGAGGUCGUGGACAGGGCCAACGCCACGGUUACGAUAAUGCCCGCCCUGGGCGAGGUGGAACUGGUGGCCCUAGUAAUUCUGGACAUGGUCAUUCGAAACCAUCACACGCGAGUAAGAGUGUUGAUGCGAAUAAACCGCUGCAUCCGUCGUGGGAGGCUGCCAGACGGGCAAAGGAGCAGGCGUCGCAGGCUUCUUUCCAGGGCAAAAAAGUUGUUUUCGAUUAA